AUGGAAGCAUUGCCUCAGGUGCAUCGGUUGAGCACAGCUUCGACUGUGCCUGCGAACUUCGAGGAGGACUCCGAGACAGGACCAGCGUCCAAAGCAGCACAGGGUGAUCGUAAGCAGAGAGCCGAGUCGCAGAGCCCGGUGAAGUCCAGACCAGCGUCCGGACCAGCACAGGGUGAUCGUAAGCAGAGAGCCGAUCCGCAGAGCCCCGGGAAGUCCACAGCAGCACCGGGUGAUCGUAAGCAGAGAGCCGGGAGGUCGCCUAGCCAGGAGAAAUGGUGGCUCGAGCAAGACGCUCCGAACGCCUCGUUCGAAGCCUUCCUGGGCGUGGGCGUGAAGGAGAAGCAUGCGAGAGCCGAGAAGUCGCCUAGCCCCGUGAGGUCGAGACAGGCAGCUAAGAAAGAGGACGUGUCUGACAUGGUGGCAGAGUGUAUGGAAGCCAUGCAGUCGGAAGUUAAGUUGAGCUCGGUGAAGAAGCGCAUGGCCCGAAUGUUCGCGCCACGAGUGGACGGGACAUUCUUGGUUCCGAAGGAACUGGUGGACCAGUAUAAGGACGUGAACCUGCUUCCCGAGCUCGAGAAGGAGUUCAUGAAAGCUGGCUUGGACAAGGACCUGUUCAUUAAGCGCUCCGUCAAGAAAGUGACGCGACGAGAGUCCGAGUCGGAGCUUUGGGUGUCUGGACAGUUCGUUUCGGAUGCCGACAUGGAUGAGCUUGGCAUGACGGACAAGAGGAAGAAAGCCGUUCAUGGUGAGUGUGCCAAGAUGCGGGGCUGGAUCAGGCGCGACCGGUAUGAGCCUGACGUGAAGCUCUACUGGCUGGAGAAAGCGGUGGAAGGAAAGAUGCUGAAGCGCAAGCGCGAGAUCUACGAGGAAGUCGACAGUGAUGCCGACUACGAAGGCAGUGAUGUGGAGAAGGACAUGGAUGUCUUCGACAUGUCCUGGGGCCUGGGUGAAGGAGGACCCAAAGGCCCCGCUGAUGUCAAGAAGAGGAUGAAGGCCAUUGGCUUUCCGGAAAUGGAUACCGAUGCCCUUCCAUCGUCAUGCAUCGUCAAGGUCGUGGCCUGCCUUGGAAGGUGGUCCACGAAAACAGAAGGCAUUAUUGACAACCUGGAUCAGUACAAGAAGUCCGACAAGACGACAAAGAAACUUUAUUUGCACAUGAGGAUCUGGGACAAGGCCCAGAACCUCGUGAAAGCUUUGGAGAAGACCUCGGAGACUAUCCAGGAGAUGCAAGCGAAGAGUGUGCUGCAAGAUCAGGGCUUCACCCUGGAGCAGCAGGAUGAUCUCAAGAAGAUCUUCGACAUCGCGAAGAAGCAGCUGCCUGUCGUUCGUGACCUGGAGAAAACAAACUUUGCAGAGGAAGCGAUUGUGUUUGAUUUGGUCAACUCGAAAUUGGCCUCUAGCAUAUUGUCCCAUGCUGAACUUUGCAUCAGGAGCAUCAGUUCCAAACACCCGGCUUUGUACAAGAUUGGGGUCACCAGAAACCCGGUGCAGCGAUGGUUGCACACUGGAUACGGGUACAAGCUGGAUCGGCACGUCCAGUGGGAGCGGAUGACCGUUCUGCAUGCACACUGUAAUGCUGAUAUUAUUGGUCUCCUGGAAGCAGCCCUGAUACGGAUUUUCUUUAAUGCUCCAGGCUGUCGCAAUAUCCGCUUGGGUGGAGAGGGCAUGGACGAGCAGAGCUCAGGACCAUUCUUUUGCUACGUCGUCCAGUGUAUUCUUGUCCAACGGUGCGUGGAGUCGUUGAGCUUCAGCACUGGAUGCGCUCCGAUGCUCCAGUAUUUGAAGACGCAGAAGAAGAAAAACGAAGAAGCGGCCUCGAAGAAGGCACCAGCGAGCUCUGUGACGGCUCAUCAGAGGGCCAUGGUCCUGCAAAAGGGCGUGGAAGCCACCCGAGAAGAGCUUGGUGGUGUUUUGGGACUGUCUGAGCAGAACUCUGCCAGACAUGUGGAGAAGGUCGUUUCCAAGUUUAGCCUUCGACCUCAUAUCCCACUUUCACAUCAUACCUUGAUGGUUGGCAGCGAAAACUUUACUCUGCCUUACCUGGCGCCGAAAGAUGUCCUUUCCCACCUCUUGAACUAUCAUGCUGAACUGUUGUUGGGAGGGCAUGCUACGUCCGAGCCAGCUGCAGGCCGUGGACUGGCUUUGUUUUGGGGCCGAUAUCGAGACAUGCAUCCAUCGCAUGCUGUGUUUGGGGCUCCUGCUGAACGCUUGCGCUGGACAAUACCACUCAGCCUGCACGGCGAUGGUGGCCGCACACAAAAAAAGCAACUAGGUGGCAAUUUGGGAACGUUGUCACUUGCUCUUAUGUGGCAACCCUUGGAGAUAAUCAGCUUGGAGCCUACGCUGGGCAUUGGCCGUACCGAACCCAAACCCUGCACCUGUGCAGAACCUGUGCUUCAGAUUGGGCAAAGAUGCAAUGGCAAGUACCACUCUUACUUGACCCGCUUUCUUCUUGUUGCUUUUCCGAGCAAGCAGUGGCCCCAGCAGCUUCUACCGGACAUUUUCAAAUCUUUGUCAAGCCAGCUUCGUGAGCUUUUUGAGACUGGCCUUGCUGUGAAUGGCCAGCGCUACUACUUUGGAAUUCUGGGAUUGAAGGGGGACUUUGAGUUCCACUGCACCUCCUUACGGGAUGCUGGCUUGAAAAGGAGCUAUGAGCACGUGGGCCGGGCACGGGACAUUCCUGUGUGCAUCGAGUGCGAGGCUGCGUUUGAAGAAACGCCUAUGGAGGAUGCCAAUGCAAAUGCUGCGUGGACUAGGACCAUUGGCAGGUCCGCUCCAUGGGAACGGCUGCCGAGUUUUGGGCAACUGCCGUUCGACAACUGGAACUCCUUUCCAUCGCGAGCCCCCGAGUUCUUUCGCAGAGAUCCCUUCCACGUCUUCCGGCUAGGUGUGGCGCGUAACUUUCUGGCUUCCGCCAUCCUGCUCUUGUGCAACUUGGGAGCCUUCGACCUUCGGGGUGAGUCUAAGUCUGUUGACAACAGGCUCACAAGAGCUUGGAGACAGUUUCAGCUUUUUAUGGAAGCUGCGUCUUUACAUGUUGGGGGCCUCAGAAGCUUCAGCAAGAAAAAAAUGCACUUUGCAGCUGGAGGAGCGUUCCCUUGGCUUGGAUGCAAGGGAUCGGACACAAUCGUCCUUUUGAAAUGGUUGCGGGUGCUCCUGGUGCAGCUUCGCAGCCGUGGUUGCAGCGCGGGCACUGGCCACGAUUUUCGCACUUGCCGUGCUUGUACUUUCCUCGAGAUGGCUGUAGCUGGAGGGCUGCAGUUCUCUCAGGGAAUCCACGGCCACUCGCUCUGGUUGGGUCAGAGCUGCAUUCGCUUUCUUCGCCGGAGCCUUUACGAUUUCCUCAGAGGCUACGCUCAGCUUGCACAAUAUUGCCUGAUGCGGCAGAUGCCUUUGUUUGGCCUCACACCGAAGUAA